GUCGGGAAUGUUAGCAGUCUCGGUCGUCUGUCUGUUUACUAAGCUGUACAACCUUUUCGUGUACAGUUUUCACAUAUUUAUGCGACAGAUCACCAUUAAAAUGGGACACAUCAUCAUGUGAGGUGAGGAAAAGAUUUGGCCAGCACUGUUACUGAGCACUCAGUGAGAAUUGCUGGCCCCUCCAAGAGUAUAUUCAACCCUUUAUUAAAGGGUUUGUUCUACUGGAAGCAGAAAUGGAAGAGACUAUCGGACUCUUCACGUUCACUUCAAAUUUUGAGUGCGGUAACUUGGCUAGAGUUGAAAAAGUUGAUCCACCAGGUUCUAGCCAUGCCUCGUCAAGUCAAGGAGCAUCUCUGAGUGGGGGCCGUAAAGCACACAAGUCAUCCACACCCUCCCAGCCUGUUGUUGAUCCUAUGCCCGUCAAUUAUGAAUUCAGUCUUUGGACUCACCCAGAUUGUGCAGGCACCGAGUAUGAAAAUAACAACCGAACUUGGUUUUUCUUUGGUAUUCAAGGUGGCAGUGUGGGUAACCGAGUGCGACUGAAUGUAAUGAAUCUGAAUAAGCAAUCAAAGUUGUUCUCCCAAGGAAUGCAGCCAGUGGUGCAGUGCAUUUCCAGUACACGUCCUCCACGCUGGGAGCGCAUCAAAGACAAAUGCACCUAUCGAAGUGAAGAGAGCAGCACUGUGAUAUCUUGGGUUCAUUCAGUAGGUGAGGCUAGUGCAGUAACUUACUAUGCAUUCACUUACCCCUUCACGUAUACUGAGCUACAGUCUAUGCUGGAGAGUUUGGACCGCCGAUUUCCUCCUGGAUGCCCAAACAUGUAUUAUCAUAGAGAACUGUUGGUGUACUCGCUAGAUCAUUGGCGCGUCGACCUAGUGACCGUUAGUUCUCAUGUGGGUAGAGUGGAGGAACGAGAAGACAGACUUCCUGGCCUUUUUCCUCUCGUCGAUCAGCCUCGACCUCAUCGCUUUCCAAAGAAGAAAGUGGUGUUUGUGUCUGCCAGAGUUCAUCCUGGGGAAACUUCUUCCAGUUUUGUCUUAAAUGGUUUCCUAAAUUUUAUUGUCUCAAAUGACCCUCGUGCUGUGAAAUUAAGAGACUUGUUUGUUUUUAAGCUGAUUCCAUUUUUGAAUCCUGAUGGUGUGGUCCGUGGCCAUUACCGCACUGACCAGAGAGGAGUAAACCUCAAUCGUGUGUAUGUUGACCCUUCACCUACUCUUCAUCCAACGAUAUAUGCAGCCAGACAGGUGAUUCUCUACCAUCAUCAUGGACAAUUGACACCCACUCCAGUGGAAGAGACACCCUCAAUCUCCAUAAACACUGAUUCAUCAGAUCAUGCUGCUGGAACUGUAACAAAUAGCUCCAGUGAUGAUGCAAGCUUAUCUAUCACCAACACUUUUAAAGGACCACCAGUAGUGAUGGAUGAAGACACUUGUCACAGUUUUAGUGAUGCUCAGUGUGGUAAAGCUGGAGGCUCAGGCAGUGGAAGGGUGCGUGGAGUCUCUCUCAUGGAGAUGGAUGAACCCUCAGCUUCAGGGUGGGACAUAUCCAGCAAUGUUUCAGUAGAUGGUAGCAUGGCUGGCAACUCUUUUCAACAGGAACAACAUCCAGAAGUGCAUGAUGACUGCUCCAAUGUGUCAUGUAUUAGUGAAGCUGAAACAGGUGUUACCUCCAUGUUUGGCUCUAUGGCUGCAUUAAGUGAAUUUAGAGAAAUCAUUUCUGUGAAUAAAAGUUGUGAGCAUAUCAGUAAGGCAGUGACUUCUCCAUGUAGCAUACAAACAAAGAAUGAGAUGGGACAUAGCACAACUUGCAAAUCUAGGGAUUUAUUUUUAAAGGAUUUUCAUAAGGAGGAAAGUGACACAGGAUGUAGUAACUAUUUUUAUGAACAAAGAAUAUCGGACGAAAAAGCAAAGGAGAAAGAUCUUAAUAUUUUUAGUAGUAUAAGAGACAGUAGGCAAAUGCCAAACCUAAGUACUGUUGCAUCAAAUGCAAACACUAUAUCUUUAUCAUCAGCUUCUUUGCCAGUGUCUAGUCAGCCCCAAUUAAAAAUUGAAAAUAUGACAAGAAAUCUUGAUUGCAAUUUCUCUCAUAGCACAAGUGCAAAAAAGGAUUCACUAAAUUACAGAAGAGAUCUGAGUACCACCUCUGCUGUACACCACAAAACUUCCUUAAAGUCGGGAUCGCCUCCAACCCCUAGCGGGGCACAGAGCACACUAGGAAUUAGGGAGGGCUGUGGUAUUGCUAGCAGCAGUGAAAGUGAGGCAGAGUGUGGGCGCCCUGGAAGAGAAUCUGAUGUUUGUUUGGGAAUCUUGGAGGGAUCGCUUCCUCUUCCGGCACAAGAAUUUUCUCCAGCCCUAAGUCCACCAACACCAAUUCCUGAGGAGACUCAAGUCACUUCAGGACUCUACCUGUAUGUUGAUCUUCAUGGUCAUGCAUCAAAGAAAGGCAUUUUUAUAUAUGGGAACUGGUAUGAGGAUCCAGCUGUGAUGGUGGAAAAUAUGCUUUUCCCUAAAGUCCUAGCCAUCAAUUGCCCUAACUUCGAUUUUACUGCGUGCAACUUCACAGAGAGGAAUAUGUAUCUCAAGGAUCGUCGUGAUGGCAUGAGUAAAGAGGGUUCGGGAAGAGUAGCGAUUAUGAGGGCCACCGGACUUUUGCGUUCUUACACCCUGGAAUGCAAUUACAACACCGGUCGCACUUAUAAUCCUACCCCGCCAUCCCCUCUUGACCAUAGGAAAACUCCACAAAGUCCUAUGACAACCCCUCCCAAAUACACCCCAUCCGUAUUUGAAGAUUGUGGUCGUCAGCUUGGCGUUAGUCUGCUGGAUGUGGUAGGCAGUUGCUGUGGAUGGUCUCGAUUACCACAGUCACAAUAUGGAAAUUUGGCAGGUGUACGAACAUGGCUGCACCAUUUCCUUAGCUCUUCAGCCCUUUCUCCGCGCACACAUAUCACAGGAACCCAUACUCCACGCACUCCUGCAUCACGUUCAUCAAAUAAAUUGACAGUGGAGAGACUAAGUGGUACUAGGAGUAGUGCUGGUGGGCCAAGAUUAGGACCUAACAGACAAGGCCCACCAAGUACACCUGCCUCUCCCAGACUUCCACGCAGCCGUAGUCAGCGUGUACGCCGCCAUUCAUGGUGCCUUACUGUAGAUGCUGAAAACCAAGAACCCCAGGUAAAUCCAGAAGGAGCAGUACGACCCAGACCUACCAGUGCAAAAAAAUCAAUUGCAUCCAGUGGCCUCUCGCCACGAACUAAGCCAAAGAUGCCGAAAAUAAAGACGCAAUCUCCCAAGAAACCAGGAGUAUCUAGAUCUCUGACUUUCACAGAACUGGGUGAAAGUAGUCACUUAGGUGGAGAAGCAAAACUUGCUAGUAGUAAGAUGACAUCAAGCAAGCACAGCCUUACAGCAUCCGUAAGCCUUACCCCAAAUUUAAAUGUAAAGCUUUCAAUAUCAGAUACACCUGAAAGCCCCACAUUAGUAAAGAAAGUUGAGAAAAUUAGAAGACAAAGAAGCAAAGGUUUAACUUCUGGUACAAAAAAGUUGAAAAUAUGUCCUAGCUCAAGUUCAAAUACAGAGGAAUCAUCACUUAAAAACAAAGAACCUUAUUACAGUCUUCCAGGUUUGGAAGUAAACGAACGCAAAUGUAGCCCUUUGUCACCUUCUCAAGAAGGGUUUUAUGCUGCAGGCCAGAGUCCCCUGUCUCCCCGCUCUCCACUCUCAUCUGUCUGUGAACCACAAGCUAGCCACAGUUCUCCUGGACUUGGAAUCAUAACUACUGCAGCCUCUUGUGACAUCUAUGCUCAACCCAAGUCACCUGUAGUUGUUACUUCCUCUAAGAAAGUUACAAAGGUUUUGUCAUCUCCAAGUAAACGUUCUAGCAAACAUACGUUGAAAUCACUGUCAAAGAGUAUGGAUCGCUUGCCGGCAGUAGCCGGAGCUGCUGGAGAGCGUCUCAAACUUCUACCUAAAAAAGUGAAAAAGAAAGUAGCAGCUCGUAGUGUGACAGAUUUACCAGGAACCAUAACAUCACAACCCAUCAAACCUGCUGCUUCUCAGCCAACACUGGAUUGGAUCAUAAGUGAACCUCCACAAGUUAUAUCUACUGAUAUUGAACCAGUUCCUCCCAAGAUGAAGAAGCGCAAGAAAAAUAGCCGUAAAUCGCUGUAAGGUUAUCUUUUUAUAUACUGUAUAAAAAAUUAAGGGUUUUUCAAAUCUCAUUUUAGCACCCACAAAUCUCAAGUUUUAGUUUUUGAUUUUGAAGUUCUUUCUUGCAACUUUACCCUGAAUUUUGACACGACUGUUUACUCAUAAAUAUAUGCAUUUAAUGCAAUAAAUUUUGUUAUAUAAUGGUCAUCAGAUGACUAUGUAAAUUUGUUCCUGGAGAAAUCAUUUUAUUGGUAUUCAUCAUUAUGCACAUUUAUCCUCAUUAGAAAUUAAGUCUUAAGACGCUGUUAUUCUGUUAAUAAAAAGAGAGUACAA